GGCACCGAGGCCGUCCACUUCGUGCAGGCGGCGCUGGAGCCGGGCGCCGAGGUGCUGCUGUCGCUGGACUGGGAGCGUCGCUUCGACCACAUGCAGCAGCAUUCAGGACAGCACCUCAUCACUGCCAUGGCAGAACAGAUGUUUGCAUUCAAGACAACUUCAUGGGAACUGGGCCGUCAGCGAAGUGUCAUUGAGCUGGACACCCCCUCCAUGACAGCAGAGCAAAUAGAGGCCCUGGAAAGAAGUGUGAAUGAGAAGAUCCGGGAGCGGGUACCUGUGAUGGUGAGGGAGCUGGCUGCAGAUGACCCUGAAAUUGAAACAGUGAGAAGCCGUGGUUUGCCAGAUGACCAUGCGGGGCCAGUGCGAGUUGUUGACAUUGAAGGCAUAGACUCCAACAUGUGCUGUGGGACUCAUGUCUCCAACCUGAGUGACUUGCAGGUUAUUAAACUCCUUGGCACAGAAAAAGGGAAAAAGAACAAAACCAACUUGGUUUUCCUGGCAGGAAACAGAGUCCUGAAGUCAAUCGAACAAAGUCACAGUACUGAGAAGGCUCUAACCUCACUGCUCAAAAACGGACCAGGUGAGCAUGUAGAGGCUGUAAAGAGAUUGCAGAGUUCUGUGAAACUGCUUCAGAAGAAUAACUUGAAUCUGCUUAGAGACAUUGCUGUUUUGAUAGCCCAGGACUUCAAGAACAAACCUGUUCAAAGUCAGCUGUUUGUGUUACACAGGAAAGAAGGUGACUCUGAAUUUAUGAAUAUCAUCGCUAAUGAGAUCGGGACAGAGGAAACCCUGCUGUUCCUGACUGUGGGAGAUGAAAAAGAAGCAGGACUCUUUCUUCUAGCUGGACCUGUUGAAGCAGUUGAGAAUUUAGGUCCCAGGGUGGCAGAGCUGCUGGGAGGCAAAGGAGCUGGGAAGCGAGGCCGCUUUCAGGGCAAGGCAAGCAAGAUGAGUCGGCGAGGAGAAGUGCAAGCUCUGCUCCAGGAAUUCAUCAGCCGUCAAAGCCCUGAAGCGUAAGAAACAAUUCUCAAAGUAGGGCUGUCUUCCCUGCUUUGCAUAAGCUCCACCAACUUCUCUCCCAGAGAAUAAAGACAUAAAA